AAAAAAAAAAAGAAGCUGGAGAAUCUGGGCAUCGCUCUAGAGAUCGAUGGGCUGGAGAAGAAGCUGUCACGUCGGAGGGACCUGGAGGCUGUGAACUCCAGGCUCUAUGGGGCGGAGCUGGGCUCAGAGGCCAGGAGGUCUCUGGAGAAGGAGAAAAGCAGCCUGAUGAACAAAGCCUCCGACUAUGAGAAGGAGCUGCAGCUGCUUCGGCAGGAGAACCGGAAGAACAUGCUGCUGUCGGUGGCCAUCUUCCUCCUUCGGACACUCAUCGACGGCUACUGGACCCUGUGAGCCUGAGAUU